UCGAACGAGCGCCUCGCCGGCCUCUCCAACGACAACGCCGACGACAUCGACAUCACGCCCGAGCGCUCCACCAUGGCAAGCGACCAUACCAACUACACGGUCUUCAUGCCGCCCACCCCGGACAACCAGCCAGGGGCCGCGUCCGCUCCCGCGUCCGGGGGCCCAACCAAGCCGGACAACCUUCCCUUGCCACGCUCGUCGGGCUCCAAGCUCGUGAACCGCCGGAGCGGCGACGAUGGCGCGGCCGGCGGCGGCAAGAUGGACCGUCGGCUUUCCCCGGCGCAGGUGGCCUCGCCGUCCAAGUCGUUGCUGGUGCGGAGCCAAACCGGGGAAUUCGACCACAACCGGUGGCUGUUCGAGACGCAGGGCACGUACGGCAUCGGGAACGCGUACUGGCCGCAGGACGACAACGACGACGGCUCCGGCAUGGGCGCCGGCAGCGUCAAGAUGGAGGACCUCGUCGACAAGCCCUGGAAGCCGCUGAGCCGGAAGGUGGCCAUUCCUCCGGGCAUUCUAAGCCCCUACAGGUUGCUGGUGCUGGUAAGGUUCGUGGCGCUGUUUCUCUUCUUGGUAUGGCGCGCGACGAACCCCAACCCGGACGCGAUGUGGCUGUGGGGGAUCUCCAUCGUGUGCGAGUACUGGUUCGCCCUCUCCUGGCUCCUGGACCAGAUGCCCAAGCUGAACCCCAUCAACCGCGCCGCCGACCUGGCCGCGCUCCGGGAGAAGUUCGAGUCCAAGACGCCGUCCAACCCGACGGGCCGCUCCGACCUGCCGGGGCUCGACGUCUUCAUCUCCACCGCCGACCCCUACAAGGAGCCGCCGCUCGUCACCGCCAACACGCUGCUCUCCAUCCUCGCCACCGACUACCCGGUCGAGAAGCUCUUCGUCUACAUCUCCGACGACGGCGGCGCGCUGCUCACCUUCGAGGCCAUGGCAGAGGCCUGCGCCUACGCCAAGGUGUGGGUGCCCUUCUGCCGGAAGCACUCCAUCGAGCCACGCAACCCGGAGGCCUACUUCACCCAGAAGGGCGACCCCACGAAAGGCAAGAAGCGGCCGGACUUCGUCAAGGACCGGCGGUGGAUCAAGCGCGAGUACGACGAGUACAAGGUGCGUAUCAAUGACCUCCCCGAGGCCAUCAAACGGCGCGCCAAGGCCAUGAGCGCCCACGAGCGCAAAAUCGCCCGUGAGACGGCCGCCGCCUCGUCCGAUGCCGCCCCGCCCCCCGUCAAGGCCACCUGGAUGGCCGACGGCACCCACUGGCCCGGCACCUGGCUCGACUCCGCCCCCGACCACGGCAAGGGAGACCACGCCAGCAUCGUCCAGGUGAUGAUCAAGAACCCUCACCACGACGUGGUGUACGGGGACGCGGACGAUCACGCGUACCUGGACUUCACCAACGUGGACGUGCGCAUCCCCAUGUUCGUGUACCUGUCGCGGGAGAAGCGGCCGGGGUACGACCACAACAAGAAGGCGGGCGCCAUGAACGCCAUGGUGCGCGCGUCCGCGGUCCUGUCCAACGGGCCCUUCAUGCUCAACUUCGACUGCGACCACUACGUGUACAACUGCCAGGCCAUCCGGGAGGCCAUGUGCUACAUGCUCGACCGCGGCGGCGACCGCAUCUGCUACAUCCAGUUCCCGCAGCGCUUCGAGGGCAUCGACCCCUCCGACC